AUGGUCCGCCAGCCGUCCGUAGGAACCAACGAGAUCGUCGACCUUGGGCAUACCCUCAACGAAGGAACCACGCGGCCAGUAUCAAGCCGUCAAGGGCGCCAUGAGGCAGUCAAAGCAGCCAGCAAAGCGAAGUUAUCCGAUACAGUCCCUCCAGGCGUACUCACUGAAAGCCAAGCGAAGGCAAGACACAAGAAGAGGGUGGCGAAGAAGGGCAAUCCUCCUCGUCGGAAGCCUUAUAUGAGCCGCGUUGAGCAGGUCACGAGGGCGAUCAACGCAAAGAUUUCGACUCCCCAUGCUCCCAAGAUCUGGAAGGAUGAUUCGUCAGACAGGAGCGACAAAGAGCCGUCUCCGGUAUUCGACUUAGCAAAGGGAUUUCCACCGAUUGGCAACUCAACCAUGACCCUCAAGCUUCGGGAGGACGCUACAAAUGGACAGUCUCGGCCGAUCUAG